UGCAUGUUCAGUCCUGCCCUGCUCCGUUCCCACACACUCACACUCGAGCGCUGCUGCGCUGAUCGUCUGAGUCUGCGCUGCGCUCCGGCCGUGGGAUCGUGCUUUUUACUGGAUAUUUACCGUAAACGUUCAUCCAGGUUGGCUCUCCUCCCUUAGUGUUCCUCCAGGACAUAGUGAAAAAAAUACAUUCUUGGAGGGGAAAUUUUUCAAACCACAGGAAAUCCUUUCUUUCAGCAUGAAAAGGAACACAUUUUCCCCAGCGUAGAUCAAUGUCAGGACACAGAAGAAUGCACAACCACAGGACUAUUUGACAUCUUGUCUGGAAAACUGAUUUGAAAAAUCACAGAAGCUGAAGAAAGAAUUCCUCUACAUCCACGGGAAUCCUGAGACUGACCACCGAUUCCUCCCGUGCUCCCUGUACUUCCAUCUAGCCGUGCCCAUGUCUCCCUCUGCAGGAAUGUUUCAUGAAUACCUGAGCAAGACGGUCAUCAUCGACCACUACAACUUCACCGGAAAGCUGAAAGAGAACAAGUACAAGGACGGAAUCAAACCCGAGGCCAUAGCCUUCCUGCUCGUCUGCCUGCUCAUUGUUCUGGAGAAUGCCGUGGUGCUCGUGGCCAUCUGGAAGAACAAGAAAUUCCAUAUCCCCAUGUACUAUUUGCUGGGCAGUCUAACUCUCUCAGACCUGCUGGCGGGCUUCACCUACAUGGUGAACCUGGUGACGUCUGGCGCCAACACGUUAAACAUGACCCCGCUGCAGUACUUCCUGAGGGAGGGCGGGGUGUUCAUCAUGCUGGCCGCCUCCGUCAUCAGUCUGCUGGCUAUCGCCAUAGAGCGCCAUGUCACCAUGGUGAGGAUGAAGCCGUACCAGGGGGACAAGCAGGGCCGGAUGUUUGCUCUGAUCGGAGCCAGCUGGCUGCUGUCCAUGUUCCUGGGGGUCCUCCCCGUCCUGGGGUGGAACUGCAUGGGGCAGCUGGAUCGCUGCUCCACCGUCCUGCCCCUGUACGCCAAAAGUUACAUCCUCUUCUGCGUCACCAUCUUCAGCGCCAUCCUCAUGUCCAUCGUGGUGCUGUACGUCCGCAUCUUCCGGAUCGUGAAGUCCAACACCCACCGCCUGGCUUCGGUCCCGCAGCGGAAAGGACUUUACCGCAAGUCUCAGAAGUACAUGGCGCUGCUGAAGACGGUCACCAUCGUGCUGGGAGUCUUCAUCGCCUGCUGGCUGCCCCUUUUCAUCCUCCUCCUGGGGGACUUCUUCUGCACCGUCAAGCAAUGCGAGGUGCUCUACAAAGCAGACUAUUUCCUGGGCAUUGCCAUGUUCAACUCUCUACUCAACCCCAUCAUCUACACGCUGACCAGCAAGGACAUGAGGAAGGCCAUCAUCCGGCUGCUCUGCAGGCCCUGCCUCAUCACCCAAGACGGGCAAGUGAAGAAGUUUGGGAUGCCCUUCCUGGACUGCAGCACCAGUAAGACGGACGGAGCGUCUCACAGACUGGAGGGACUGGAGACGACCGUGUCUACUGGGAACUUAACUCCCUCCACCAUUAAAGCCAUCUAUCCCCGGAUGUCGAAGACAUGACACGUUCGCUGUCUGACUUCUUUGGGAAGAUGCACUGGGACUAAAGUCUUGACUUAGGUGCUUCUUUCCACCUGAGACGUAAUCCAAACAGAUACGGGAUGAAGCACAAGUUUUGUGUUGCACUUUGAAAUUGUUUCAGCCAUCAGUCAACGUGAACAGUGUAGUGUCUGUGACAGAUGUCCAAAUUGGGAGAUAGUUGUUUAAGCAUUUACUUUUUCUCUUUGUUUUUUACUUUACUCUACAUUUUCUUUUCCUUUUUCUUGUCAUAAUGAAAAACAUGACUAUCGAGGCCUUAUUCGUAGCUAAAUGGGUUGUUUUUCUUAGGAAUAAAAUAGCAUUACUGUGAUGCUUUACACUCUUAAACAAAGGCAGUAUUAGUAUCGUGGUAUCGUAAGUCUAUGAUCAUAAAGAGGAGUGGAUGACUGCGUGCAGAUGUGUCUCAUAAACACAGCCUGUGCCUCUGAUGGAGCGGGGAAAGCCCAGGCAUUUACUCUUAUCUCCUGCUGCCUUUGUAGCGCGUGUUGCUACAAACGUGGAGCAUCCACACCCAGUGUAAUUUCUGCCAUGUGAGUUUUGGUCAGCGCUGAUGCUGGGACAUCAGAGGCUCGGCGGCCUCAAGACGCAGCGACCACGUCAGAUCCCGGCUUGAGCUGGGCGGUUUGCAGCUCUGGAGGUCCCUGCGACAUCUGCAGCAUCCCAUGAUGAAUGGCUAAGCGCAGUAAAAGCUGACAGCCGAGGCUUGUCGACGCCUUUGGUGGUUUAGCAGACUGGAAAAGUUACAGCUUGUAGCAACGCUCCUCUCUGGUGAGAGCUCAUCUUUAUUCUGAUGAUAGAUGUUCAUUUUUCUGGGGAAACAGCACAGGUAUCACUUUUUCUCACAUAACAAUCUUGUCAAAAUCCCAGGAAACAUCAUGUGAGUUGGGAAAUGUCCUAGUGAUAGGGAGAUAAACACUUCCUCAAAUGUAAUAUUGUAUAAAAAUACAAAAAAAAAUCUAUUAAUUUUAUUUGGUUUACCUUGUAAAUAGUUUUUUACUUGUAUUGUUUUGUAAAACCUUCACUUAAGUUAUAAAGCCAGUUUUAUAAAUAUAUAUAUGCACUGAAUAAACAUGUGAAUCAUUUUUA